AUGAGGUGGAUGAUUAAUUUAAUUGGUGGUACAAUAUUUGGUUUUCCAGCUUUGUUUAAAAUUUUACCACAAUAUGAAAUUUAUGGUGAUGAAAAUAAUUGUUCAUUAUCAUCAUUAAUGAAUAGGACAGAAAUAGAAAUUCGAGAAUUAUCUUUCAAAGCACAUCAGACAAGACGAUAUCAAAAUGCAUUGACAUUACUAAUUAUUUUAUUUGAAAUUCCAUCAGUAAUUAUUGGUCUAUUGAUUGAUAGAUUUCGAUGUCGAUUUGUUAAAUUAAUUGCAAUUUUUUCAUCUUUGGUUGGUAUUAUUAUCUUAUUAACAGCUUAUACAUCAAGUGAUUAUUUUUCAAAGUCAAGAGCUUUUGUUUCGACUUUAUUUGCUGGAGUAUGUACAUCAGCUACAAUAUUGGUAUUCAAUAUUUCAACUAAUAAAUAUACAUUUGCAUUCAAUUUAUCUACUAUUUCUGCUAUUAUUAUUUGUUCAUUAAAUGGUUUUUUCCUUGAAUUUAAAGCUGAUAAAAGUAAGAAACAAAAAUUAUUGAAUAUAUCAUUAAUGCAAACAAUAUCAUGGCUUAUAAAUAUUGUCACAUGUAUUAUAUGUAUGUUUGUACAAAAAGGUAUGAUUAUUUCAGCAUUGAUAAUCAAUUGUUUUGCAUGA